AUGACUGGAAUGUCGCGCGAUACGGCGGCUCAUUCUGGAAAUCAGCACUCAACCCCAAUCAAUCAGAUCUUUCCCUACCUCAUCGCCAAUGGAGAAGAUCAAGUCGCCGAAUUGAUCCGCCUCUACUGUGAGAUCUGGCGGCACUCUUCUCUCGAGAACUUCUCCUGCGAGCUGAAGCUUCAUGCUCACACUUCCACCGUCUCGAUCCGCUCCUCCACUAACAAUCUCCUCGGCUGGGGGCGAUACUACUUCGACAUCGGCUGGGAGGAAUGCUACUUCGACAUGGCCAGCCCAGAGCGGAAAUAUCCCGAGUACCUCCAGGUUCGCCUGACUCCUCCGCCACACCCCAACUCCCGCCCUGGAGUACAAGUCGCAUACAGCGGCCACUGGCUCUCCAUCCCCGGCUUCCUCGAACACUACCCUCGGGCCUGUGCUCGCCGCGCCUGGACUCUACGUCAGACGCCUACCUCCCUCUACAGCAGUCAGUUUACGUGGUGGCAGGCCCUCUCUAACCUUCCGACAUUCAAUCCUCAGCGCAAAGUCGUCCGGCUCAUGAGACUGCCUGCUGAGAUUCGAGAAAAUAUCUACAGAUUCGUGUUCCCGGCUCCAUUCCGUCCAUUCCCAGGAGCGAAGUGUCGACGUCUCGGCGGAAUUAGCCGGAUAGCUUUCAUGGCAGCACAGCCAAAUGCCUCUUUACUGAAGCUCAAUCACAAGGUUCACCAGGAGGUCACUCGGGUGCUGUUCCGCGACACGAUCUGGGAUAUUCCCCAUUUGAAAUUGCUGCGUCGGAUAUUGGUUUCCGAGGCACUCUGCGCGCGAGUCCAGAGACUACAUUUGGCGCUCAGCCAUGGUGAGUAUCUGAGAAUCUUCGCCGUGAAGAGCGAGUUCAACAUUGCGAGCCUCAGACCGUUGAGAACCAUGAGAUUGAGGGAGCUGCUUCUGGAGUUUCAGGCUCCGUCGARUUGGACGACUUUCGAGGGCGGCAUCAUGCGGAAGGUAGUGGGAUGUCAGAAAGUCAUGGUGGAUUGGCUCUUCGAGGCGAUGGAGUUUUGGGUCGUCGGGCAUGAAGGGGUCAGGAUUGUGGGAUGGGUGAAAGACGGCCAGAAGAAGCUCAUUGAGGAGGUGUGCAAGAAGGGGCUGAAGGAGUUUAGGAAGUGGAAGGAGAUUUCUGGGAAGGAGGAUGCAGAAUUGGGAGAGUGGGRUGAGUGGAGAGAGGGUAUGUGGAUGGAGGAGGACGGCGGAGUGAAGCUCAUUGAGAACGUCGAGAAUGGUGAUACCAACAAGAACGUGGCGGAGAGUUGUGGCGAGGAGGCUAUGGAGGAGCGGACACUGGUGGAUCACGAAGGUCCCGACCCACCAGAGUGCUUCUGCAAAGGCAGUUGUGAGGCAGAGGGAUGGAGUGCGGCAAGUGCGUGGAGUGCGGCAUGA